CGCACCGCUGCAUCGCCUCGGCGCUUGUCAUUCUCCACCGCGCCGAGGCGAGUGCCGACUGCGGUGCCUGCCCGCCAGCUCGUUCGCUCGCUCGCUCGCCGGCGCGCGGGCUGUGUGACGGAUCGCUGGGGAACGGGCUGGCAGCUCUACCCCCUGCAACAGCUCUUCGGUUUUUUCCUUGACCGCCUUCCUUGUUGAGUCGCGAUUCCCUGGGAGCAGGAGACACGCACCAGGGGCUCGGAGCGCCGCACUCCGGGGCUGGGGCAGCUGCAGCGCUCGGGACUGCGCGGCCGGGUGCAGCCUCUGUCGCUGUCGCCGCCGCCGCCGGGCGGUGCGCCUUGGCGAGUGUUGGGCUCCGGGCAUCUCGGAGCCCAGGCAGCUGGUGCAGAGCGCCAGCGCCUCUCCCCGCACCGGCUGCCGCCGGGGCAGUGCGGAGCCAGCCAGGCUGUGCACAGCCGGAGCGCGGGUCCCCCCGGAAGAAGGCUCCCUAUCGCCUGCGUCCCAUUUUUGCAACGGCUGUUGGAUGUGAGAAGCAGUCUCUGUGUACAUGUAUCUGCGUGUAUAUAUGAAAUAGAAAACACGAAGUCAUUCUCUUAUUUCAACAGCUGAGUGCAACUUUGGAACAGGGAGAGAGUGAUUGCCAGAUUCCAGUGCAUCCUGCAAGAUCCACCUCAAUUUCCAUCUUCUCUGAGAAGCCCUCCUUGAUUCCCCCAUGUCUACUGGGCUCAACAGUUCUUCAGCGGUAUCUCUGAUGAUGAUAUUUAAUUAUCCACUUAUAUGUCCAACCCUCCUAGAGACACUAAGCUUGAGGGCCAAGAAGAAAGAGAGAACAUUCAUCAAACAUUUCAAAGGGAACACAUCGCCAGCAUUUUGACUAUUUAUUUGGACAAACAUUUCUCCAAGGAGGACACAGCCCUCUGCCCCCAUGUCACCACCUUGCAGCGACUGACGGACUCCAUCAGCCUGUAUCACUUCUGCCGCCAUCAUGGGACCCGAGGGCAGCUUGCUGAGCGGGGGACAAAUGCAGAUCGUCCUGUGGGAAAGCCUGGCGGCCGUGGCCACCUUCUUCCUCAUCACCUUCCUCAUCUUUCUGUGUUCCAGUUGUGACAGAGAAAAGAAGCCAAGACAGCACAGCGGGGACCACGAGAAUCUGAUGAAUGUGCCUUCUGACAAGGAGAUGUUCAGCCGUUCAGUCACCAGCCUGGCCACAGACGCGCCUGCCAGCAGCGAGCAGAAUGGGGCCCUCACCAACGGUGACAUUCUUUCAGAAGACAGCACGAUGACCUGCAUGCAACAUUACGAGGAAGUCCAGACCUCGGCUUCUGAUCUGCUGGACUCCCAAGACAGCACAGGGAAGCCCAAGUGUCAUCAGAGCCGGGAGCUUCCCAGAAUCCCUCCCGAGAGCGCGGUGGACACGAUGCUCAACGGGAGAAGUGCCGACGGGGAUCAAGGUCCAGGGAUGGAAGGGCCGUACGAAGUGCUCAAGGAUAGUUCCUCCCAAGAAAAUAUGGUAGAGGACUGCUUGUAUGAAACCGUGAAGGAAAUUAAGGAGGUGGCGGCAGCCGCUCCCCCGGGUCGAGGCCACAGCAGCAGGUCAAAGUCGGCUUCCGCUUUGAAAGAGCUUCCGGGGCCUCAGGGCGACAGCAAAACAGACUUUGCCGAAUAUGCCUCCGUGGACAGAAACAAAAAGUGUCGACAGAGUGCUAAUGCAGAGACCAUUCUUGGAAACUCGUGUGAUCCAGAAGAGGAAGCCCCACCGCCUGUCCCCGUGAAACUUCUGGAUGAAAAUGAAAACCCGCAGGAGAAGGCGGAGGGUGAGGCCAGCAAAGAAAGCGCCGCGGAGGGAACCGGUGAAACCAACAAGAGAUUUAGUUCGUUGUCAUACAAAUCCCGGGAAGAAGACCCAACUCUCACAGAAGAAGAGAUCUCAGCCAUGUACUCAUCAGUAAAUAAACAAGGACAGUCAGGGAACAAAUCGGGACAGUUACUUAAAGCACUGGAAUCCACCUACACCUCCAUCCAAGUGGCUGCUCAGAGGUCGCCCUCCUCCUGUAACGACCUCUAUGCUACAGUUAAAGACUUUGAGAAAACCCCGAACAGCGUCAGCACACUCCCAGCAGCAGGGAGGCCCAGCGAGGAGCCGGAGCCGGAUUAUGAAGCAAUACAGACUCUUAACAGAGAGGAAGAAAAGGCCGCCCCGGAGACCAGCAGUCACCGCAGCCUUUGCCCAAAGGAGAAUGACUACGAGAGCAUCGGGGACUUGCAGCAAAGCCGGGACAUCACCAGGCUCUAGCAGCCAGACUGGAGGAUGGCCCAGCCAGCAUAGGACCAGCUGUCGGGGACAGUGCCGCUGCAGAAAAGAAGCGACGUCAGCCACUCCUUAUAUGCUGCUUUAGGAAACGGAAACGAUUGGAGACUCCAGAGCUGCUUGUCAGUUUGGGGAACAGUGAGGUACAUACCCUGCUGCCAGGCCCUGGCACACCCCAGCACACUGCCCUUCCCGCCCCCCCGCUCCUUCUGGAAGGAUCUCAGCUGUCAGCAGCCUCGCCCUGUUCAUGAAGGAAGCUUUGCAGUGUGGAAGAAGGGCUCUCUUCACAAACCACAGCUCACCUCCCUGAAACACUGCCAUUCUCCGGAGCUGGGGUUCCCUUUUGGCUCUCUGCUCCUAAUGGUAAAAUGAAUGGCUUUUUUCCCUCCUGGAAAUCUGAUUUAUAAUGGUUCUCUCCAAGGAUGUUCUCCCCCAAGGCUGGGCCUUGGCCUUCAGCACAGGUGUUUGACAGUGGUGAGAAACUGCGGUUGUGGUUUGUCAGCUCCCCGCCCCCCUCAAAGGGCUGCAGCUGGGAAUCAGAGCCUAGCGGCUGGGGGCUGCGAUGGGGGGGACACCGCUUGAGUUCCUUCGCGCUUCAUUCCUUCUGAUUUUGGCACUCCACGUGUGCAGCCUCUCCCAGAGUACUUGAAGUCAUUUUUAGAUGCUUUAUUUUAUUUUUAUAGUCAAAAUGUUUUGGUUCCCCUGUAUUUGAAAGCCUUCAGAGCCUUUUCAGUAUUUUCAGUGAAUACUAUGGUACUUAUGUACUUGUUUUAGCCCAGAGCUCACUGCUCCAAAACAGAGAGCCUUAAUCUCUAUCUUGGGACACAGACCACACAUUUGGCUGGCAGCCACUGCAUCCAUCUCCCCAGGGCUUUGGACUUGAAUGUGUACUUCUGAUGAUCUCUGCUGCCACACCAAAACGGAGUGGAAUUUCCUAAAGGAACUGCUACCCUAAGGUAAAUCCCAUAAGUGAACCUGACAGGAUGAUCAUGGCCCAUCCAGUAAGCUUGUUUUUUUCACAUCUUUCUUUGCUUUUUAGGGCCCCACCUGUGGCAUGGAGAAGAGUUCCCAGGCUAGGGAUCAAAUAGGAGCUACAACUGCCUGCCUGCCUGCCACAGCUGCAACUACAGCAAC